AUGCCAUUAAGGGUGGGUCGACUGCACCAGGUGGAUUAUGCCGUGGAAGCUAUGAAACAAGGCUCGGCUACUGUGGGUAUCAAAAGCUCAUCGCAUGCUGUUUUGGCUGCUUUGAAGCGCGCUCAGAAUGAACUUUGCUCACACCAGAAGAAAAUAUAUGAAAUUGAUACUCAUGCCGGUGUAUCAAUCGCUGGUCUACUGUCAGAUGGAAGAAUUCUUGCAAGGUUCCUCCAAACAGAGUGCUCCAGCUGGCGAUGGGAUUACAAGUUGCCUGUGCCUAUUUCUUCGCUGGCAGACAGUGUACAACUCAGUGAGUAG